CACACAACACGCUCCAACGACCCUCAGCUGACUUGUCACAUGACCAAUCACAUGACUACUAACGAUAGACAAAAUUAACCUCAUGUUGUAUUUCUUGUCAUUGCACUCCAGGCAACGUUAUAGAACAACAAUGUGGCUUUUGUCACUCACCUAUGGACUGGUAUGUUUCUCGCUCGUGUGGGGCAGGCCCCUGGAGCCUGAUCAAGACAUAUCUGUCCCUGAAGAGUGGACUCUUGUUGGCAGAGCAGACCCUGCCGAAGAGGUGGAGCUGACGUUUGCCCUGAGGCAGCAGAAUGUGGAUCAGAUGAAAGUUCUGCUGGAUAGGUUAUCGGACCCUGACUCCGCAGUAUAUGGGAAGUUCUUGGACUUGACUGAAGUGGCUGAAUUGGUCCAGCCGGGCAAGUUAACUCAGAAGGUAGUGGCCAGCUGGCUACAGAGUCACGGGGUGCACGAAUGUCGCACGGUCGUCACCCAGGACUUUCUGCAGUGUGUCAUGGCUGUUGAAGUUGCCGAAUCUCUACUUCCAGGCAGCAGGUUUCAUCACUACAGUAGGGAGGGCCAAUUCCUGUUGAGAUCCGUGUCUCAGUACUCUGUCCACGAGGAUGUAUCCCAGCAUCUGGAUUUUGUGGGCGGACUUCACCGCUUUCCACCCAAAACACAGGAGGUGGGUAAAUCCUGGAGCCAGAGAGGGCGAGUAGCAGGGAAGUUUCACCUGGGAGUGACCCCUGCUGUCAUUAGAGCUCGCUACAACAUGAGUGCCUCUGAUGUGGGCUCCGCGACCAAUAACAGCCAGGCUGUGGCACAGUUCCUGGAGCAGUUCUACCACCCAGCCGACCUGGCCGAGUUCAUGACCAUGUUUGGGUCAGGAUUCGAACACCUCUCGGCAGUGGACCGUGUGGUGGGCACCCAGGGGGGUGGCAAGGCUGGUCUUGAGGCCAGCCUGGACAUUGAGUACAUUAUGAGCACAGGGGCCAAUAUCUCCACAUGGGUCUUCACCAAUCCAGGACGUCAUGAGUCUCAGGAGCCCUUCCUCCAGUGGAUGGUGCUGCUUAGCAACAUGACCUCGGUGCCCUGGGUCCACACCAUCAGCUACGGAGACGACGAGGACAGCCUGUCCAACGCCUAUAUGCAGCGCAUCAGCAAUGAGUUCAUGAAGGCUGGACUUCGGGGCAUUUCUAUGCUUUUUGCAUCAGGUGACAGUGGAGCUGGCUGUAGGCACCUGACUAAAGAGAAUUCUUUCAGGCCUAGUUUUCCUGCUUCAAGUCCCUAUGUGACCACUGUGGGUGGAACCUCAUUCAAGAACCCGUUCAAGCUCACCUAUGAGGUCACAGACUACAUCAGCGGAGGCGGCUUUAGCAAUGUGUUUGACAUGCCUGAUUACCAGGCCAGUGCUGUGAAGUCCUAUUUGAAUAGCAUGAAGGCUCUCCCUCCGAAGACGUACUUCAACACUACUGGGCGGGCCUAUCCUGACAUCGCUGCUCUCUCAGACAACUACUGGAUCGUCUCCAACCGAGUGCCCAUUCCAUGGGUGUCUGGAACUUCGGCCUCUACACCAGUGGUUGGAGGAAUGCUGUCACUCAUUAAUGAUCAGCGCUUGUUGAAAGGUCUUCCUCCUCUGGGCUUCCUCAACCCACGCUUGUACAAGUUGCAGGGCAACGGCCUUUUUGAUGUGACUGAGGGAUGCCACAUGAGCUGCUGGGAUGACAAGGUGAGUGGACAAGGUUUCUGCGCUGCUCCGUCGUGGGACCCCGUCACAGGUUGGGGAACCCCCAACUAUCCAGCGUUGCUGGCCUUACUGCUGGAUUAACUGACACACCACCACUACCACCUCACCACCAGAGCUCUAUCAAGCCCUCCUCUGUGUGCCCAUCUCCCCCAGCGUCGACAUCGCUGGACGGACCAGUCCACUGACCGAUAAGUCCGACUAGCUCUCCAGUUCCCCUCAGAAAGAAAAUCACUGAGUCAGAUGUUACUUAUGAUUAGGGUUGCAAAGUGGCGGAAAAAUAGGAAAUAGGAAACUUUCCAUGGAAAGUUAAGAUGGGGAGUUUUGGAAAUAUUCCAAAUUGGAAACUUUCAUGGAAUUAAUGAAAAUUAUUGGAAUUUACGGGAAUUAACUGGGCCUUUUUGGCAAUACCUACUGUUUUAAUAUACAGACAUUAACAUUUUGUUUCGUAAUAAGCAAUAUGAUUUGUUCGUGUUUUCGCUUAGCUUAGCAUACAAAGCUAGCUACCAUGCUAGCGGGAAUCCCAUUCUCUGCCGAUGGUUUACUAGCGUGCUAAGAUAGCAACACAGAAACACAUAACCACAGUAUAUAUUCUAUAUAUACAGUCUAUGGUUUGUUCAGUCAGAAUCCCAGAAAAUGUUAAAACAAAUAAAAAUACAAUGACACAACAUACCACCCCAACCAAACCUUAUAGUUUAUGUAAGUUAUAUAUAAAUUGUCAAGCUUAAUCAGACAGAUUAAUCGUCCCAUAACAGUUUAUGCAAAAUAACGUACACCCAUUUGAAUAAGGACAAAAGUGACGACAAGCCCAUUACUGGGCAACUCUGUUUGCAAACUUCGCCCAGUUUCACACCAAUUUGUGGGAAUACAUGAGAUGACAUUUUCACUGUGAAUUGAUUUUCCCCAUGCACAUGGGAUUGAUGUAUGUGCAGGGUAGAAAUUUGACUGAAAUUGCAUUAAAUCAGGUUGUUUUAACUAAUAUUAUGUAACUAUAUUACAUUUAAGUUCCCUGUUAUAAACUAGCUUGCCAUAUUAAAAAUUCCCAGUUUAUUCCCAUUAAUUCCCGUUCAUUUUCAUAUAUUCCUGUUAAUUCCCAUGGAAAGUUUCCAACUUUGAAAAUUCCCGGAAUUUUGCAACCCUACUUAUGAUUGUACCAGCUCUGUGGAUCUACAGUUACAACCAAUCAAUAUCAAAGAAACCCAUUGAAAAUAUUUAUCUCAGGUUCAAAAAUGAUGAAUUCUAUGAAUUAAAUUGCAGUCUUGCACUAAUAAGUAUCCAGUAAUAACAAUUUCAAGAAGUUUCAAGAAGCAUUAUUUUUUUAUUUCAAUGAGUAGUAUAUGCAUGCACCUUCACUCAGGAUUGUGAGGUUUUUUUUUUUGCUUUCCUUUUUUUUUAAUUGAUGAAAGACUACUAAUGUUACAAAGCCCAAAUAUCCUCAGUGUGUGCAAUCAUAUCUAUCACGAUCAAUUUAAAUAGAGGGUAAAAUGACAGCAGUAUCUCAAGACAGUAGAGUAGGGAAUGUACAUUUAAUCACCAGCCAAUGUUCUUGAACUUUGAAGGGAUGUGACAUCUUAAGCGUUCUUGGUUUUCAGAUUUGUUCUGUUACAUAGUGAUGAAGAAUAAAAAUGAUUUUAUUUUAAAAUGUGA